GAAAUGGGCUGUAAAAACGUUUCACCCUUGGGAAUAGGUUGCACCAUCCUGUUUGUCCUCAUGACGGCAGUGGCUGUGACCAUCAUUGCCGUUUUCUUCAUAGAAAUAUCAAGAGCAGAGGCGGAUUCAACAUCAUCUGAAGAGCCAUCGUCCUAUUAUCAGAUUGGUGUUGGGCGGGCUGACUGCACUGGUCCAAUUGCUAACCUCCCUUUGAUGGGUUAUGCCAAUCCAGACCAGACUGCUGCAGGACUCCACACCCGACUCUACAGUCGAGCGUUUAUUGUAGCAGACCCCAGCACUUCAAAGAGAGUGGUCUUUGUCAGCACUGACAUUGCAAUGGUAUCUCAGAAGCUCAGACUGGAGGUUAUGAAAUUACUGAAGAGAAAGUACGGAAGUCUUUACAGACAAGACAACGUUGUUUUGAGUGGGACCCACACCCAUUCUGGACCUGCGGGAUACUUUCAGUAUACACUCUGCCUCAUCACCAGCAAAGGCUACAUCAAACCAUCUAUCAACGCCCUAAUCAAUGGAAUUGUAAAGAGCAUUGAUAUCGCUCACAAGAACAUGAAGCCGGGAAAGAUACUUGUGAACAAGGGUGAAGUCGAAGGCAGCAACAUAAACAGGAGUCCAUACUCUUACCUGCAGAACCCGAAAGAAGAACGAGCCAGGUACAAAUCAAAUACAGACCAAGAAUUAGUCCUUCUCAAAAUGGUGGAUCUGGAUGGGCACGGCAUCGGGACACUCAGCUGGUUUGCUGUUCACCCAGUCAGCAUGAACAACACUAACCAUCUGGUGAGCAGUGACAACAUGGGAUAUGCUUCAUACCUCUUUGAGCAGGAGAAGAAUACAGGCUUUUUACCCGGGAAGGGACCUUUUGUGGCAGCUUUUGCUUCUUCCAACCUGGGCGACGUCUCCUCAAACACCCAGGGCCCCCACUGUAUCAACACUGGCGAAUCGUGCGACAAUCCUGACAGCACCUGUCCCAUCGGUGGGCCUUCGAUGUGUAUGUCAUCUGGCCCCGGGAGAGAUAUGUUUGACAGCACUGCGAUUAUUGGCCGCAGCAUCUAUAACAAGGCAAAGGAGUUAUCCAGAACAGCCACGAGAGAAAUCAAAGGCCCCAUCAACUUUGCACAUCAAUGGGUUAACAUGACUGAUGUUACGAUUCAGUUCAAUUCCACACAUAAAGGUCACACUUGUAAACCUGCCCUUGGCUACAGCUUCGCUGCUGGUACAACUGAUGGAGUGGGUGCUUUUAAUUUUACACAAGGAACGGUCGAAGGGGAUCCGUUUUGGGAUUCCAUCCGUGACGUGCUACUGGGAAAACCCUCGAAUGAAACGCAAGAUUGUCACCUCCCCAAGCCAAUACUUUUGAACACAGGCGAGAUGACUAAACCAGUCCCUUGGCACCCGGAUAUUGUGGACGUGCAAAUUCUCACCAUCGGCAUGUUGGCGAUAGUUGCUGUUCCCGGAGAGUUCACGACGAUGUCUGGAAGAAGACUGAGAGAAACGGUGAAGCGUGAGCUUGAAUCCAGUGGAUCUUUGAAAGACUUCGAUGUGGUGGUUGCUGGCCUAUGUAACGUGUACACACAUUAUAUCACCACUUAUGAAGAAUACCAGGUUCAACGCUAUGAAGCGGCAUCAACCAUAUACGGUCCCCACACUCUCUCCGCUUACAUACAGUCGUUCAGAGGCUUGGCUAAGGCCAUAGCUGAGAAUUCUGUUGAUCAGUUGCCCAAAGGUCCCGAACCACCCAAUUUCCCGGACAAGAAGCUGAUCUCCUUGCUGCCUCCUAACCCCGUUGAUAAGAAGCCGAAGAACACAACGUUUGGUGAUGUAGUUAUAGAUGCACAUGCUGCAUACAAGCCGGGAGAUGUUGCAGAAGUGACUUUUAUUAGCGGCAAUCCCAGGAACUCGGUUGGUUUCAUGGCUGGUGGAACAUUUCUGACAGUCGAGAAAUCUGACCAUGUGGCUGGCAGAUGGGUAGUUCGGUACAAUGAUGCCUCCUGGGACACACGGUUGUACUGGAACAAAGGUCCGAGAGGUCACAGCAAUGUCACGGUGUCCUGGCACAUCCCGUAUUCCGUGGAGAUUGGAACAUACAGAAUCCGCCAUUUUGGUCAUUUUAAGACCUUACAAUUUCUAAAGCCAAUCUUCAAUCCUUAUAACGGCUCCUCCACGACCUUCCAAGUGACAAGUUGAAGUUCCUGAAUCACAAGAUCGUUUAAAUCGCAGAAGAUUUUUCAAAGCCCCCUGAUUACAGAGUGGGAGGACAGUCAAUUAAAAUAUAAUUCUGCCUAUUCAGAUUAUUUGCUUUUGGAUGUCGUUGAGAUCUGUUUAGUUUAGUUUAGAGAUACUGCAGCGGAAACACACCCUUCAGCCCACCGGGUCCGCGCCGACCAGCGAUCCCCGUACACUCACACUACCCUACGCACAGU